AUGCCGAAGAAUAAGAAGAAGAGUAAGGGAAAGAACCAGCAAAAGCCUAAAGAAGUAGAGCCUACCCCCACACAGGAGGAAGUAAAGCAAGAGCCUGUCAUUGGAGUCCCUGUUGAUGAGAGAAUAUCAGAAAAGAAAGAUAUCAAGAACGAAGCCUUAGAAGAGCUAAAAAUAGAUACCAAAGCAGCUAUUAAAGAAGAAGAGAAGAAAGCAGAAGAGAAAAAUUCAAAGAAACCAAUUAAGAGGAGGAAUUCAAAGUUCUUGAUGCAAGAUGAGUGCCCUUCUCCUUUGUUAAGACCUGAAUUCAUCUACCACAAUGAAGAUAAAGCGAAGAAGAUCUGGGAGCUAAUGCAGACAUACCAAGGAGUUGACCAAAAGUCUAUCCAACGUUCAAUUGUAAAUCAUGUUGAGUAUACUCUUGCAAUGACAAGAUUCAAUUUCUCAGAUUUUGGGUGUUAUCAAGCUACUGCGUUCUCUAUGAGAGACAGGCUGCUCGAGUCCUGGAACGACACCAACCAAUACUUCACUACCCACAACGUCAAGAGAGUCUAUUAUCUGAGUCUGGAGUUCCUGCUCGGCCGUCUGAUGCAGAACACCCUCAACAACAUCAACAUGGAGAAGAACUACAGAGAAGCCUUGCUCGACAUCGGCUACGAUCUCGAGCGUCUGUACGAUGAAGAGGUGGACCCGGCGCUGGGAAACGGAGGACUCGGCAGGCUGGCAGCAUGCUUCUUGGACUCACUCGCAACUUUGGAGGUUCCUGCAUGGGGAUACGGAAUUAGGUACGAUUAUGGAAUCUUUAAACAAGUCAUACGUGAUGGUUACCAAUGAGAAGUACCAGAUUUCUGGCUCAGCGGAGGUAACCCUUGGGAGAUUGAGAGACCUGAGGUUGUCUAUCCUAUCAGGUUUUAUGGUUACACUGAGAAAUAUGAGGAGAAUGGAGUUGAGAGAGCUCAAUGGAAAGGUGGUGAAAUAGUCAUGGCCAAAGCUUACGAUACUCCAGUCCCUGGUUACAAUACAUUUAAUUGUAAUAACUUGAGACUUUGGAAAUCUUUACCAGCUCAAGAAUUUGAUUUCCAAUCAUUCAACAAAGGUGACUACCUCUCAUCAGUUGAGAUGAAGCAGAGGGCUGAGUACAUCACAUCUGUAUUGUACCCAAAUGACAACUCCCAAGAAGGUAAAGAGCUUAGACUUAAGCAGCAAUACUUCUUCUGUUCAGCCACUGUUAGAGAUGUCAUUAGAAGAUUCAAGAAGAAUAAUUCUGAUUGGAAGGAUUUCCCUAAAAAGGCUGCUUUACAGCUUAACGAUACUCAUCCAGCUAUUGCAGCAGUUGAGUUCCUUAGGAUCCUGAUCGACGAAGAAAAGCUUGACUGGGGAGAAGCAUGGAAGAUUCUUCACAGCUCAUUCUCCUACACCAAUCAUACUGUCCUCCCUGAAGCUUUGGAGACAUGGAGUGUAGGUCUGAUUUCCCACCUCUUACCAAGACACAUGGAGUUGAUCUUCCUCAUCAAUCAUUACUUCAUGGAAGAUAUUGCCAAGAAAUAUCCAGGGGAUUACCAAAGAAUGGAAGAAAUGUCCAUUAUUGCUGAAGGAGAUGACAAACAAGUUAGAAUGGCCAACCUCUGUAUUCUCUGUAGUCAUAAAGUUAAUGGAGUUGCUGAACUUCAUACAAAGCUGAUCCAAGAGACCAUCUUCAAGAGGUUUCAUGAAUACUUCCCCAACAAGAUAGAGAACAAGACUAAUGGAGUUACUCCAAGAAGAUGGAUCCACUGUGCUAACCCUAAGCUCUCAGAUCUUAUCACUGAAGCAUUAGAAGAUUCUGAAUGGAUAGGAGAACUUGAGAGAAUUGAGUAUUUAGAAAAUUUUGCUGAAGAUGAAGAAUUUGUUCAAAAAUGGAUAGAUAUUAAGAAACAAAACAAGGAAAAACUUGCUGCUAAAGUUAAAGAAGUUCUUGGAAUUAAGAUCCCAGUUAAUGCUCUUUAUGAUGUACAAAUCAAAAGAAUCCAUGAGUACAAAAGGCAACUCAUGAACAUCCUUUAUGUCAUUCACAGAUAUCUGACCUUAAAGGAUAUGACUCCUGGAGAAAGAGAAAAAGUUGUUCCAAGAGUGGUUAUUAUUGGAGGAAAAGCUGCCCCUGGUUACCAUAACGCUAAAGCUAUCAUCAAGCUGGUCAAUGCUGUAGGGGACAUUGUUAACAAUGACAAGGACAUCGGCGACAUUCUAAAGGUUAUUUUCUAUCCAAAUUACUGAGUCUCAGCUGCCCAAACUCUUAUUCCAGCAUCUGAAUUAAGUCAGCAUAUCUCAACUGCAGGAAUGGAAGCUAGUGGAACAAGUAACAUGAAAUUUGUCAUGAACGGAUGCCUCAUCAUUGGUACCAUGGACGGAGCCAACGUUGAGAUCUCAGAAGAAGUUGGAGAGGACAACAUGUUCAUCUUCGGAGCAAGAGUUCAUGAAGUUGACGAUAUUAGACACAGACUUUUUGCUGGUGAGCAUAACCCAAUUGGUAAAAGAUUACAAAGAGUUUUCGAUGCAAUCCUAUCUGGCACUUUCGGAGAUGUGUCCAUUAUUCAUCCAAUUAUUCAUAGUUUGAUGGAUGGAAAGGACUACUACUUGGUUACAGAAGAUUUCGACUCAUAUGUUAAAGCACAGAACAAGGUAGACGAUACAUACAGAGAUCAAAAGAAAUGGAACAUGAUGUCUAUACUCGGGGUCUCAAGAUCUGCUAAAUUCUCUUCCGACAGAACAAUUGAAGAGUAUUGCGAUUCCAUUUGGAAGGUCGAUAGAAUACCUAUCCCAACUCCAAGUGAUUCCGAAAGAGUGAGAUCCUUUUGCAAGGUCUACUCUGCUGCUAAAAAUUAGAGAGAUCAAGCCAUUCUAGCUCUAUUUUGGUUGCAUAUUUGAAACGAGUUCAAUGCAAAAUCCAU